CUUCCACUGGCAGCAGACCAGGCGGCACGCCAGCACCAAAUCCACCGCAGCUCUGUGCUGUCGGCGCCCGGGGAUUUUCCAUCGCGUACCCCUGCAGGCCGUCACCGAAGCUGUCGGUCGGUGAUGACAACCAUUUCCGACCUCCCCGAAGACGUCCUGGUGGAGCUGCUUUCGCUGCUCCCAGCCCAGGAUCUGAUCUGCACCUGCAGGCUGGUCAGCACGCAGUGGCGGUACGUGGUGGAUCUGACCACCCUAUGGAAACGCAAGUGCCAGCGCGAGGGGUUUUAUAUUCAGAACUUGGACAGAAGCAUCUCUGACUGGAAGAUCUUCUAUAUGCUCUGCAACUUGAAGAGAAACUUAAUCAAAAACCCCUGUGCUGAAGAGAACUUUCAGCACUGGAAACUUGAUAAUAAUGACGGAGAUAAGUGGAAGAUUGAGGAUAUGCCUGGACCUCAUGGAAAAGAGAUGCCAGACCCCAAAGUACACAAAUACUUUGUCACUUCGUAUGGGCCAUGCUUCAAGUCUCAACUCAUUACCCUGCAGAAAGAAGGAUACUGGAAUCAGUUGAUGGAUGAGAAACGGCCUGAAAUUGUAGUCAAGGAUUGGUAUGCUGCCAGAUUUGACUGUGGAUGUCGCUAUGAACUUAGAGUGAGGCUGCUUUCUGAAGACUACAUUGUCCUUGACGAUUUCCACCCCGAGCCAGUGGUUAUAGAACAGUGGAAUGAUGCGAUGUGGAGAGAGAUUUCUCACACCUUCCAGAAUUACCCAGCUGGAGUUCGUUACAUCUGGUUUCAGCAUGGGGGCCAAGACACCCAAUUCUGGGCAGGAUGGUAUGGGAUCCGAGUGACGAACAGCAGCAUCACCAUUGGGCCUCUGACAUUGUUAUGAAGGCACAAUAGAAGUGUUUGCUUUUACCUCAGGACUGUAACCAGGUGGUCUCACGUGCACUCAGCCCCCCUCAAGGGCUCUGCUACAGAAAGACUUGCUUUGUAUGGUAUUUUCCUGUUAAUGUUUUUACACAUAAUUAAACUGAAUCUUUCACACCAGACCUUUCAUAGCAUAAGGAAACUGUCAACCCUUUUUCAUAAAUGCUGUGUCACUGGUACUUAAUUUUUUAGUAUUUCUGUAAGUGUAUGUGAUCAAAAUGGUACAUACCUUCCCUGUCCAAAUACAGCCCAUCAUUGUCUGAAUAAACAGCUAGAGAAACAGGA